CAUAGAAUCCAUAUAUUGUGUUCUAAUAUAUAUAUAAUAUAUUCAUGAAAAGUUUCGUAUUUUUGUAACGAACAAGAUAGACAUUUCAUAAGAAGAUACAUAGUUUUUGUUAUCCAGGAUUUGAAGUGUAUUUAAUAGAAGAAGUUUGUGAAUUUAGACAAAAAUCAUGUAGAACACUACAUGUAUCACGCCGUCAAUCAACAAUAUGUGAAGGAUAAAAUUAUCAAAGUAACUUAGACUUCAGUUUUUUUCUGAUUAAGCGUUCCAUCGACUGAAUUUAGAAUUGAAUUAAGAAGUAAUAUUUGUUGGUAGGACUUUUACUAUUUAUAAAACAUUAAUUACUGUUAAGUAGAAAUUGGUUAAGAAUGGAAACUCGUGUGAUAAUAAUGGCGUUUUUGUUGGGGAUAUCAGUGGAUUUCUCAUUAGAAGUGCCCUACUUAGCAAACCUGCCAAUAGUUUAUACUCUGUUUGAAGGAACACAAGAACAGUUUACAUUCAAUAGCCAGCAAUUGAUCUGUGAAAAUGCUACGAAUCGAUAUAAGGUCAACUUUAUUAACGUUGACCCUACAACUAAUUGUCAAAGCUGCUUUAAUGUGUGGGCUGACACCGCUGGUGCAGGACAACCGAGCUACUUCCUUCGGUUUGUACCUAGUGCUACUAAAUUAGACUACAACGCAGAGAAUACGUACACAAUAACACUGACGUGUGAAGACAGUGUCGUUGAAUCACAAGAUCAAAAGGUUGAAGUACGAAUAACUCCUAACAACCAACCAACCUUCAGUACACCAUCAUUCGACAGGGUAACAUUACAGUCCUCAAAUUUAUUUGCUGGAACUAAUGUAUAUGAAAUUGUAGCCACAGAUUCGGAAAAUGAUCCGAUAGAAUAUGCUCUAGAAACUGUACCGACGUCAUCAAAUUUCGACAUAAGAGCCAAUGGACAGAUCUACACAGUAAAUGGUUUUGAAGGAAUCUGUUCAGGACAGAAUAGUUAUGAAUUUAGAGUUCGUAUUAAGGAUCCAUACAAUGAAUUUACAGAUCCAAUAUCUGUCACUUUAGAUCUACAAUUUCCCAACUUACCGUCUAUUGGUAACGCCAAUAGAGAUGUAACAGUACCGGAGAACAGUGUACAGAAUAUACAUACAUUUACUGGUGUAUCUGGUACAAUUACUAUAUUAAAUGUACAACCUAGUAUUAUGAGAAAUAAGGUGACACUCUUUGGGGGAAACAUAUUGAGAGUUGAUGAAGUAUUUAAUUUUGAACAGUUUAAUACAGCAAACGUCACACUUCUUGUUAAAAGCGGCCAAUGUGAAGCAAGGUACUGGUUGAUGGUGCGUGUUCAAGAAAUGAAUGACAUUCCAGUAUUAACACCAGCGAAAAUAAGUGCUUCCGUACCAGAGGGAGUUAUCACCUACAAUGCAGGCUUUAAAGUAGAAGAUGAGGAUUUUUCGGAUACGGUAACCUACACUAUACAGCGAGCUAUCUCUGGAACACGUGAUAUCACGAGAGAUUUCACCAUUAAUCAAGACGGAGAAAUUAUUUCAAAUUUUGACUUUGACCUUGACAGCAGGGGUUCUGAAGUUGAAUUGAUAACAUUUACUGUACGUGCUACUGAUAAAAGAGGUGGUUUUGAUGAAAGUGAAGUUAUAUUGAGAGUUGAAAAUAUCAAUGAUAAUCCCCCAGUUAUCACCACGGCAUCUAUUAUAAAUGACGUACUGAUGGAUUGUGAUCCGCCACAACGAAUCGCCACCGUAGCCGCAACAGAUUUAGAUCCAGGUACAAGUCCCAACGGUCAGUUCCAGUUUAAAGGUAGCGGAGCGGGAAACUUGAGAGUGACCCCGGAUGGUGCCGUUUUCUUGGACACGCCUGUAACAGCAGACACAACCUAUUCUUAUACGAUAUUUGCUGAAGAUUUAGGCAAUCCACAACUAACCAGUGCCAAACCAAUUACCAUUACAGUCAUAGGUCAAGCUUGUACAACCAUCUUCGUACCACCAACAACAUUACCGGCAGUAGUUGUUACUGUGCCCGCAGUGACACUGAACACUGGGGCCGGUGCUGGGGCCGGUGCUGGUGCGGGAGCUUCUGCUGGGGCUUCGGCGUCAGCUUCGUCCACGUCCCUUUUGGACGACCCCACUAACCUCAUCUGGAUAAUUUUCCUUGGACUAUUGGGUCUCCUGCUGCUUGGUCUCCUGGCAUGGCUGUUAUGGAGAUUCUGCUUUCCCCGAUGUUGUCCUGGUUGCUAUGGUAGCGACUCAUCAGCAUUGGGUAGAAAUACUGGAGGAAGUGACGGGUGUUGUAAUAGAUGCUGUGGCAAAUCCAAUCCAACAGUUGGCCCACGAGAACCGGAGCACUACCCCGAAGGAAAGGUUAAAGACUUUUGGCAAGAACACUAUCAAGAACUUGAUUAUGACAACACAACACACAGAAGUCACGUUCCUACAAGUGGUCUACAUGAAGAUGGUUAUCUAAACCCACGAUAGAUACAUGCAAUAUAUGGAUGUAUCCAUGCAUACAAAGACUGACACAUACUAACAAUUUAUAGACUAAUGUUAAAGUUUAAAACACACACUACUUAUAUAAUAAAUUUAUAAAUUAAUACAUAAAAAUUUAUUCAAAGGUAAAUUUCAGUGGAUUUUUGUUUAUUCUACAAAUUCCCCAAAUGCCAAAAAUCCCGAUUUGUAAAUAUAAAUGUUAAUUUAGGAGGUUUUAAAAAGAACAACAAAAUAUUUUUUUUAAAAAUCUUUGGGGUUAUUUAGUGGAAGGAAAAUUUCAACAGAUAUUCCUGAAGAACUAAAUCUCAAAUUGACAUGUGUGAAAAUGUAUUACUAUAUUAUAAAAAUGUAUUCGAAAGGAGACCAUUAAUCUGACGUAUUACCAGAACUAUACUUAAAGGAGCCAAAUCGCUAAUAUUUGGGACCUAGAAAUUGACACAAAUGGGUCGCAACGCAUAUAAUAAUGUAGUAUGAAUGUAUAUAAACUGAUUUACAUUCAAACGUUUCUGUUUUUACUAUAAUUUCUAAUCAGUGAUGUUCGGCGAAAUACGUCAGAAGUCUAAAUCGAAUGGCAAUCUAUAGCGUCUGGUUAUUUCAGUCUACACCGAAAGUAUUUAUUGCGCAUGCUCUCCAGGUAAGAAUAUGGCGUCAUCGUUUGACAUGACUUGUGGAAUAUGUCUAGCAUCGUUCUUCGAGUCCCUGUUGCAAAUGGCGCUGAAACGCAUUAUGGUACACGAUUCGUGUACCAAUGGUAAAAUUUUUUUUUUGUCUUAAAUAUUGGAUAUCAGAAGUCCAUCUUUUCUCGGUAAGAUCACAACAUCCAU